AUGAAACUGAUAGAUUUACCUACUGAAUUAUUACAACUCCUGACAGAAUUCCUCGAAACAGAAAAGGAUAUAAGCGCAUUAUCUCGGACCGGCCGACAUUGUUAUUCCGUGUUUAUUCCAUGUCUUUAUCGCUUCGCACUACUAUGGGCUGCUAAAUACGGGAAUGAGAGUACUGCUCGGAUUAGCAUCCAAUACGGGGCUAAUCCAGAUCCAAAGGAUGAUCAUAGCUCAACACCACUAUCAUACGCGGCAUCAGAAGGGCAUGAGGCAAUAGUAAAGCUACUUCUCAACAUGGAUGGGGUCAAUCUAGAUUCAAAGGAUAAUGAUGGCCGGACACCACUAUCAGAGGCUGCACAAAAAGGACAUGAGGCAAUAGUGAAGCUACUUCUCAACACGGAUACAGUCGAUCCAGAUUCAAAAGAUAAUCGUGGCCGGACACCACUAUCAUACGCGGCAUCAGAAGGGCAUGAGGCAAUAGUAAAGCUACUUCUCAAUAUGGAUGGGGUCAAUCUAGAUUCAAAGGAUAAUGAUGGCCGGACACCACUAUCAAGAGCUGCAUCAAGAGGGCAUGAGGCAAUAGUAAAGCUACUUCUCAACAUGGAUGGAGUCAAUCCAGAUUCAAAGGAUAGAGAUAGCCGGACACCACUAUUUUAUGCUGCAUUAAGAGGGCAUGAGGCAAUAGUCAACAUACUUCUCAAUGUGGAUGGAGUCGAUCCUAAUUCAAAGGAUUAUUCUCGCCAGACACCACUAUUUUAUGCUGCAUUAAGAGGGCAUGAGGCAAUAGUCAACAUACUUCUCAAUGUGGAUGGAGUCGAUCCUAAUUCAAAGGAUAAUAAUGGCUGGACACCACUAUUUUAUGCUGCAUCAAAAGGGCAUGAGGCAGUAGUGAAGCUGCUUCUCAAUAUGCAUAGAAUCGAUCCAGAUUCACAGGAUAAUUCUCGCCAGACAUCACUAUCAGAGGCUGCACAAAAAGGACAUGAGGCAAUAGUGAAGCUACUUCUCAACACGGAUACAGUCGAUCCAGAUUCAAAAGAUAAUUAUGGCCGGACACCACUAGUUUAUGCUGCAUCAAGUGGGCGUGAGGCAAUAGUAAAGCUACUUCUCAAUAUGGAUGGUGUCAAUCCAGAUUCAAAGGAUAGAGAUGGCUGGACACCACUAUUUUGUGCUGCAUCAGAAGGGCAUGAGACAAUAGUGAAGCUACUUCUCAACAUGGAUGGGGUCGAUCCAAAUUCAAGAACUGAUAAUGGCCUGACACCACUGUCAAUGGCUGCAUAUAAAGGGCAUGAGGCAGUAGUGAAGCUACUUCUCAACAUAGAUACAGUCGAUCCAGAUUUAAAGGAUAAUAAUGGCUGGACACCACUUUCAAGAGCUGCAUCAAGAGGGCAUAAGGCAAUAGUAAAGCUACUUCUCAAUACGGAUAGGGUCGAUCCAGAUUCAAAGGAUAAUAAUGGCUGGACACCACUAUUUUAUGCUGCAUCAAAAGGGCAUGAGGCAAUAGUGAAGCUGCUUCUCAACACAGAUGGAGUUGAUCCAGAUCCAAAGGAUGAUGGCUCGACACCACUAUUUUAUGCUGCAUCAAAAGGGCAUGAGGCAAUAGUGAAACUACUUCUCAACACGGAUGGAGUUGAUCCAGAUUUAAAGAAUAAUGAUGGCCGGACACCACUGUCAAUAGCUGCAUAUAAAGGGCAUGAGGCAACAGUGAAGCUACUUCUCAACACAGGCAGAGUUGAUCAAGAUCUAAAGGAUAAUGAUGGCCAGACACCACUAUCAAGAGCUGCAUCAGAGGGGCAUGAGGCAAUAGUUAAGUUACUUCUCAACACGGAUGGAGUCGAUCCAGAUCCAAAGGAUUAUUCUUGCUAG